AUGCUUAAGGCCCUGUAUCGUAAUAUCAUAAAGAGUUGCACGAAGGCGACAGCGAGCACUCAGGAAACGACUGUACCAUUUGAUUAUACUGUAUUAAUUCAACGUACAUUUAUAAAUCAUCGUCGUCAAUUAACGAAUGAAACAUAUUUAUUCAAUGAUCAAACAUUUCGUAUUGAACCAUUAGAAGGUGACAUAUGGCCUAAUUCUUUUAUUGAAAUUCAGAUAUUGUUUAAACCGGAUGUAGCUCAAUUGUACAAUCGUACAGCCUGGUUAGAUUUGGUUGGACGUGAACAACGUUUACCUCUCCAACUGUGUGGCACCGGUGAUGGACCAAAAUUAAGCGCUUCUUUUGAAACAUUAGAAAUUGGAUGUGUGUUUGUUGGUUCAACCCACAUGUAUGAAGUUAUUCUUGCUAAUAAAGGUUAUAUCGAUGCACCCUAUCAUAUUGACCCAAUUGAAACAAAGUUUGGGCGAUGUUUUCAAUUGGAACCGAGUCAUGGUGUAAUACCUGUCGAUAAUUAUCAAGCGAUACAAAUAACAUUCCGAAGUGACCAAUUAGGAGAAUUUAAAGAAUCCGUUUUAUUUCAGAUUGAUGGAAAUCUCAAACCGUUGGUAGUUGAGAUAAGUGGCUCAGUGAUUGGACCUACAUUUCAUUUUGAUCAACCAUCAUUAAAAUUUGGUCUUGUAUCAUACGGAUUUCAAUCAACAUUAGGUUUUCAUUUAUAUAAUACUUCAUUAGUACAAAUGCCAUUUCAUUUGAAAAUAGCUCAUGAAUAUUCCAAAAGUAGAGCAAAUAAUGACAGUGAUACGGAUAGUGAGGAUGACGACGACAAUAAUGUACACAGAGAAUUUCAUAUUAGACCAUCUAAAGGAAUCAUUCCUCCACAAAGUGAUAUGAAAAUAUAUGUCGAUUUUACACCAAAAUCUGUACAAAAAUACGACACUCUAUUGAACGUUGACAUUGAAGGAGUUGGAAAAAAUGUGUUCUCAUUGCCUGUUACAGCCAAAAGCACAGUUCCUCGUAUAACUUUGCGUGAUGAUCUCAUUGAUUUGGGACGUUGUUUUAUAAAUAAUCCGUAUGAACGUCAUGUUCAUUUACAAAAUCCAACGUCAUUACCAAUGCGAUAUCAAUUCAUAUUUCCAAAAACAGGUUGUUUAGAAUUUCGGACAAUGGAUGCUGAAGGAACGAUUGAACCAAAUUCAACCAAAGACGUAGAAUUAAUAAUAACUGUUAAACGUUUAGGAGAUAUAACGGAAAAGAUCGAGAUAAAUCGUGUUGGAGUACGAGAUACUACAUUAGAAUUACAAAUAACAACCACUGGUACAGGACCAGUGCUUUUUAUUGAACCAAAUGAAUUGAAAUGGGGUACAAUACCUGUAUUAGAAGAAAAUGAACAAAUAUUAGUUCUAUCAAACGAAUCACCAAUACCAGCGAUUUUUUAUUGUGAAUUUGAUAAAAAGCAAUCACAAUUCAAAUGUGAACCACAAAAUGGAGUUGUUGAUCCCAAAUCAACGUUAGAACUCAAAGUCACAGCAUACUUAAAUGAUAGAAUGAAAUUUAACGAACAAUUGACAAUUCAUGUAGAAAAUAGUUCGUCACGAAUAAUUCCCUUAUCGGCUAAUGGAACUGGUGCUUUAAUUGUGUCGGAUAUCAAAAUUUUUCCCCAUCUUGAUUUAGGUUCUAAAUUUGUUGGUACACCUAUUACACAAAAAAUUCAAUUUACAAAUCGUGGUCGUCGUCAAUUAGCCGUUCAUUUCAUCCAUGCAUCAGAUCAAACAUCGGCGUAUAAUAUUCGAAAAUCCAAAAAAGAACUGGAAAAAGAUGCUGAAAAAGCUCUUGAACGAAUAUUUCGUAUUGAACCGGAACGUUUAGAAUUUUUACCUGGUGAAACAAAAACAUUAACAAUAUCAGGUUAUUCUUCUAAGUCAAAAUUUAUUGAAGAAAACUAUACAUGCUUAGCUAUUAUUGGCCGAUCUACCGGUCGUGAUAAAUUAUUAUCAUUAAAUAUUCAAUGCGAGUUCAUUGAACCAUUAAUGUCAUUCUCAAAAACAGAUUUAAAUUUUCGAGUAGAAAAUGACGGUCAAACUGAUGUAAAACCGAUAGAAAAAGAUUUGACAUUCUCAAAUAUUUCAGCAAUUGAUUUGAAUGCAUAUUUAUCAGUAAAAUACCCAUUUCUAUUGGAAGAACCAGAUAAAAUGCUAUUGGAUGAAGACCAACAAGAUUCACAACAAGUACAACAAUCAAAACUUGAAUUGUCUAUAAUGCCAAACGAUAAUUCAAUUUAUGAGAAUGGUAACUCAAUUGUAAUACCAAACGGAUAUGUGUUAACGAAACGGUUAAAAAUAUUAACGGGUAUGAGUUAUGUUGAACGUAUUUAUUUUGAUCCAAAUGCAAACACAAAAGAAAUAUCAUGGAAAGUUGAUGAUAAAUUAACAUUCACAUAUAGUGAACAUAGUUUUACGAAUACAAUCAAUUUACAUGGAGAGGUUCAUUAUCCAAAUUUAUUGAUUGAACAUAAAGAAAUUAAUUUUGGCUGUAUAUUAAAUGGUACAGAAGUCACUCGUUACAUAUCGGUUGUAAAUACCAGUCCAUUACCAGUUAAAUAUUUGUGGGCGUUUGUUAUUGAACCCGAGAAAAAUUUAACCAUAGUUCCUCAACCACAAUCAAUUACAAAAUCGCAAGAUGUAGACGAAAAUUCAUUACAGAUACAAAGUGAACCUUGGCCAACACAACAAGAACCGAUUGAUGAUCAACAAAGUACAGAUAUAAUGAAGUAUGCCACAUCGAUACCGAAACUAGAAGAAAUAUUUGAUAUAUCACCAUUUUUUGGAACACUACAGCCAGGCGAAGUAGAAAAGACUGCGAUUCGUUUUUAUGGUCAUCCUGGUAUAAUUGUCAAUGUCAAAGCGAUCUGUCAAGUUGAAAAUGGUCCGGUCUAUGAACUUCUUCUUAACGGUCAAGCAUCUUACAUGGCUUAUAAAUUAGAUACGCAUGAACUCGAUUUUGGCGAUGUGCAUUUUGAUAAAACGGCAACAAAAACGAUCUCGAUAACUAAUGAAAGUUGUACACCAAUUGAUUUCCGUUUUAUUUAUCCCGAUAUGGAACACCAUCCGGUCACGAUAUCAAAAGUACCGUUAACAAAUAUGAAUGAUAGAAGUUUACUACGUUCUGUUUCAAAUUUAUCAAGUAUGAAUAUGCUGAAAGAUCCUGCUAAAAUUGAAAUAAUACCAGAAUCGGGUGUGUGUGAGCAAUAUUCAACAAACACGAUUCAAAUUAAAUUUACUCCAAACAUACCAGAACAAUUUUAUCGUACACUCUAUUUACAAGUUGGCCACUUUCAACCAGAUUUAAUCCAUCUAAUCGGUCGAGGAAUGUUUUGUCGUUUACAGUUAGAUUUGCCAAGAUAUAUUGAUGAAACAAAUGAUGAGCAACAACAACUAUUUGAAGACGCAAGAAAACAAGCAAAUCCCCCUCAUUCACUCGAUCAACCACCUUCAAUUGUGAUUGACGAUAUGAGACUAGAUUUAACAGAAGAUAAACCAGACUCUGAAAGAUCGGUAUUAUCGAUGUCAAUAGAUAGACGACAACCGUCAGCAACAACAAAAGAAGAGGAUUUACAAUCAGCAGAAGUACAACGACAAUUCGAUAUUUUAGUUGUACAAAAAUUUGUCAUUAAUAAUGAGCAACGGCAGUCAAUGGAAAACCUUCCUACAAUGGAAGAUGAACAAAAAGUUAAAAAGAAUGAAUCAGACAAAAUACGAGUAACUGGUGCUGCACUUGAUCAUUUAACGAGUGAACAAAUUAUAGCAGAUGAAGAGGAGAGCAUCGCCUCUACUUCCACACAUGAACAUGAAAGUGUUGGUCAUCGUGAUUCCAAUAGACAAUUAUUUAAAAAUCGCACAAUAGCUGAUAAUCAUAUGUCUGUAUCCAAUUUGGGUUUAAGUGCGUCACUACAUUCAAGUACAGCGUCACUCAUUAAACAACAUCGCAAUAAAAUAAUAUUACCAGAUUAUUUGAUCGAUUUUGGCUAUGUUAUUUUGGGCACAGUUAGAGAUAAACAAUUUCAUAUAAAAAAUCCAACGGAUAGUAGUAUUACAUUUCAUCUUGAUCGUUCAUAUUUAAAUAAGUCUGGAUUUUCGUUCGAUUGUGAUCACGUUAAAAAUUUACCAUCAAAUGAGACGAUAGUGCUAACAGUAACAUUUGACCCGAGAGGAGCUAAUUUAGGUUUGGGUGAGGUUGAAUGUAGAGUACCCGUUGAAGUGAGUAAUGGCCCAGCAUUUCGCUUGCGAUUAAAAGCAAAUGUAACAAUGCCAGAUUUACAUGUAUCAAAUGAUACACUCGAUUUCGGAAUAGUGAAAUGUGGAGAAUGCAAAAUAGCCACAAUUCAACUAAAAAAUCCAAAAGAAAUACGAUGUGAAUGGAUUGCAGCGUAUCCAGGGGAAGAUAUGCAAGAGCGUCCAAGUAAAGCCAUCACUCGUUCAUAUCGUCGCACGACAAGUUCAACGAAGAAAAAACAAAUAACACCUCGUAUAUUUGAAGUAUUACCAUCUAAUGGCGUUCUUCCAGCACAACAACGUGUCAAUAUUCAAAUUAAAUUUAUGCCAACAGAAGAGCAAAAUUAUGAAAAUCGAGUUAUAUUACGUAUAAAUCAAAGUAGUCAACGUAUAAUGAUUAUUUGUCGUGGUAGUGGACUAGAACCCAAUAUUGUUAUCGGUCAAAUAAAAGAAAAUCAAUUUAUACCAACGACAUCAAUCAUAUUUAAUCCUAUUUUAACUCAUAGUCAAGGUGAUGAACAAGAUAUUGUUAUUAAAAAUACAUGUCCAUUUCCCAUUGAAAUAUAUAAUCUUGAAUUCGAUAAACAAUUUCUUGAAGAAGAAAAGAUUCUUCGUUUAUUGCCCGGUUAUGAUGAAUACAAUAAUAUUCUAUUGCCAACAAGACCAGCUGGAGAUAAGCUACCAGCUGAAUUACAAAAAUUUUAUGAUGAUGUUAUUAAACGUGUCGAAGAAGAACGAUUAACGAAAGAAAAAGAAGAUGAUACAACAAAGAAAUUGGAUGAAAUUUCGACCGUUGAACAACAAUUCGGUGUAGAGCAGACUCCUAGUGAAAAUCUAUCGUCUCUUGGUAUUGGUGAUCGUGAUUUAAAGGUUCAAUCAGAUCGUGAUACAACUGUAACCACAACUGGCACUGCAUUGAAUACAAAUGCUGGUUUAUCGAAAACAAUUG